AUGUCGACCCAAUCUCCUCAUCCUCCGACCCCUAAGGGUUCGCGCAACAACCGCCGUCCACAGAAGAAGAGUAUGACACCUCAAGCUCAAAAACCGGGUCUUCUCUCGACCCCGCCGUCAUCUCCGCCGCGGAACAUGAGCCCAGCCGGGAUCCAGACCGAUUCAUCCAACUUGAACAACUCGAAGAAGAAGCCUAUGCGAUCUGCAAAGAAACCGCGAGACAACAAGGCUUCACCGGCCCCGACCAACGGAUACCAGAAUAACAAUGGUUACUCUCAGAAUAAUGGGUACCAAAACAGUGCCCAACGACAAACCCCCUCGCAUAGUGUCGCCUCUCCUCAGAUGAAGGAUAGCGCGGCUUAUGCAGGCCCAACGUUCCAUGCAUCGCCCGCUCCCUCAGCGCUCCCAAUGCCCAGCUUUUUCUCCAAGUCAGCUCCUGAUUCAGAUCUCGUGCCACCGAUCGAGACUGACAGCGAUACCGCGGAGAUGGAUCCCGAACCCGAUGUGACUCCGUCUAAACCUCGAAGCCGACCCCAGACGACGGGCAAUGAACCGAAACCCACUCCUCUGGACUUCCUUUUCCAUGCUGCUGUGCAAGCCAGGAAUACCAAGUCAACGAGCAGUCCUGAAGUGAACAAGGUUCGAUCGCCUCAGACUGAACCCAAAGCCGUGCGCUCCAAUCCCGAUGGCAUGUUUGCUUUUGAAAUGGAAAAUUCCGAGUUCCCACGCAACUCGCACAUCGGCCCUUCAUUUGCUCCUUCUUAUCAGGACCGUAUGAACGCUUUGCAGUCCACGCGAUCCUCGAGCACUCCUCAGUCUCCCGAUGUCACUGAGGAGCAGCGCAGAAUGAAGACCGAGGAGUUGAAGCACUUGCUUCUCAAUCCGCGUCCGCAGAAGCCACCCUCGGCUCAACCCAAUUUUGAUCAAGCUGCAUUUGGUGCGCGUUCAUCGAAUAUCCCUCCUUAUGCUACCCCCAUGCGAACUUCAUCUGGACCCCCAAUGACCAUGUCGCAUGGCUCUUUCUCUGGUCAGCAACAGCCAAUUCCUAACAACGCUGGCCGUGCUCCUUACCCUUAUCCUCCUCACUCCCACUCGCCGCUGCGCCGGGAGGUAGCCCCGUCUCAUUCACCUUACGGUGUUUCGAACGGUUCCUCGCCAGCCCCGUAUAGGGGUCAUUACAUGCCAAGUCCUCCACCUCAACGGCUCAACUACACAUCUCCGCAGCCACAGUACCCGGCUGGCUUCCAUAUGCCGAUGAGCUCGCCCUCUCCUUCCCAGCCUAUGGACACUAAGCAAAUCGAGGAUGACAUUCGACGGGUCCUGAAGCUCGGUGCUACAUCGGGAAUGCCGCCGAGUGGAAUUCAGAGCUCAUUUGCUUAG